UCUGGAGAAAUGCAGAAAGAGCACAGUCACACUCCCUGGCUUCAGAAUUUAAAUUUAAAAUUUAAUGAAGGAUCUAUCUCAAGACCUUUUCUUUCCAACUUGAGAUUUUUCUCUUGCCUGAAGUCAAGAUCUAACUAAGUGCUCAGUGGGCAGGGAAGCAACACUACCACGUAACAAGCAUCUCUUAUGUGCCAAGAAUCAACCGCUUCCUUGGAUUUAACAUGCAUUCCAAUCGCCUGGAAGUCUUGUUAAGAUGCAGAUUCUGAUACAGCAGAUUUGGGAUGCAGCUGAGACUUCACAUUUCUUACAUGUGCUCAGAUAUUAGACCAGUAGGGGAGAUGGAUGAGAGCUCUGCCUGGCUCUGCAGCUGUGGGCCUUGGCGAACUGCAGACCCAAGCCGGGGACGCGCAGCUGUGACUAGGCCCCCCUCUCCAGCUCGCUCGUGCCGCCACUCUGGGAGAAGCCGAAAUCCCCCGAUCGCUGCAACCACCCCUCCCUCAAGGAACAGCCGAGGCCCCGGCCCCCGGCUUUGGUGUCGCUCCCAGGACCCGGGAGCGGGGGAGCUGUCCGCCGCCGCGGUGCUGACGCGGGCAGAGCAUCCCGCAGGGGCGAGGGACGGUCCUCGGCGGCCGCGCUGCGGAGCCGGAGCCGAGAGAGGAGAGGAGACCGCCCGGCGGCCGCUGUCCGCCUGUGCAGGGCGGGCCCGGGGAGGGGACCGCGCCGGGCGCGGGCGCUGUCCCCGAGCUGGUUCUGAAGGGAGCAGGCGCCCAGCGCCCCCGCCUCGCCCUGGAGGAGCCGGCGCCGCUGAGAGCUGCCGAGAGAGAGGGAGGCCGGAGGGAGCCGCCUCGGGGAGCUCGGCGGAGCGGGGCCUGUGGCUGGGGUCUCUCCAGCGAACCCGCUCCAGCGAGGAGGUGGCGGCUCAGAGCAGGGAGCGAGCGCGCGUUCUACGAACCUGUUGGAGGCUGCAGCUCCUCCGCGGCCGAACACGGCGCCCGGGACCGAGGUUCUGGCGCGCCUCUCCCUCCCCCUCUUCCUUGACUCCUCCGCCGAGGCGCUCCCUCCUGCCUGGGUUAGCACAUGUGCACGCGGACGGCGCGGAGCCCCUUUGCUGUCCGCCCCGAAUACCAGCCGAGCUGCAGGGCACAGAGCCGAGAGGCCUCCUCCAAGGGCAGACCCGCUCCCAGGGAGACCCGAGCUUCCUGAGAAAAGAGGCGGGGGCUGGCAGCGGGACGGGAGAGGGCGCAGCAGAGGUGACUGUGAAAACAAGAGGGACACAUGGGGAGUUUCCCCUACAGACAGUUCUGCCUUGA